AUGGAUAGUGAAGUUGAGCCAGUGAAUGAAUGUUUGUUAUUAGACACAAACCAGUACAAUUGGAUGAAGAUUCCUCUACCUGAUUCUGUUACUGGUAGAUUUGAUCAUACUGUAUCAUCUUUUGUUGUCGAUCCUAAUCAUGUGUUCCUGAUUGUAUUGGGAGGUGAUGUAAAGAUGGAAGAGAAAAAUGUAGGAGGAGGAGUAAUGGAAUGGGUUAGUACACGUGUGACUGAGCCUAAUAACACAAUGGUAGUAGAACUUGUUUUUAAUGAUGGUCAAUGGUCAGUGGGUCCAGUAUUAGAUUCAUAUAAUAUUCCUUUAUUGUAUGAACUAAUACUAAAAUAUAGAAGAAACGAAUUGAUUGGAAUGAAUGAAUACAUGACAGAUAAAGAGAAGGAGCUUCAAGUCAUCAAUGAGUCUUUACUUUAUGAUCUACAAGUGUCUAGAAUUAAUAACCAAUCACUUCAGGAAAAACUACUGGAGGCUCAAUCACUAUCAGUUUUUGUGCAAUUUAAACCCAUUGAAGUGUCAUCCUUUUACAAUGCUAUCUAA